AGAAAUAAGAGAAACUAUGAUAAUAAUCAAGCGACAGAAGGCUCGCUUUUACACAGUUCUUUUAUGACCUUCGAAGCAAAUGGAACAUCCUGAAGAGUACUAUAAACUGAGCCGAUUUCUUCUAUCGGUUACUGGACUGAAUCCUUAUCAAAGUAAACGGAGCGCUCAUUUAAUGAGAGCUGUUAUCACGGUCGUUGAAUUAACAGAUGUAUAUAUUCAGGUAUCGGCCGUAUUUCUAUCUGACAUCACUAUGGACUAUAUAGUGGAUUCAGCACCGACACUUUUAAUUAUACUAGGUAGCCUGAUGAACUUGGGCAUGCGGUUUAUAUACAUAGACAAAUUUAGAGAAUUAUUCGAUCGUAUGUCAAAAGACUGGGCGGAGCAAAAGACACACUAUGAGCUCAAGAUUAUGCACAAGCAUGCUGAGCUCUCAAGAUUAUUCGGAAUUUGUUACUUUAGUAAGAGAAACAUUAAACCUCGCUUUGUCUACAGAAAAAAAAGACAGGCGUAUGCCUGUGAGGUCAAGUAUUUCUGUGUACACUGCCACAAUUGUGUUUUUUUUAUUACAAGCAACAUGCGAUAUUUUGUCUAG